AUGGAACAAGAAGAAUCACAGUCGAAGAAAAAAAAGAAGUACGAAUGUUAUUUUCAACAAGUGUGGCUAGAAAAUGAGAAGUAUAAAAUGUGGGUGAGAAAAGUCGAUGAAAAAAACGCGAAAUGUGUAUUUUGUAACGUGAAAUUUACAGUGAAAUGGGAUGGUGAAAAGGCGUUAUCGACUCAUCUUAACAGUGAAACGCACAAGAAAAAGGUGAGGAACAUUGACUCAAAUUCUUUGAUAACCGCUUUUCUGCCCAAGAAUAAUUCUUCUGAAGAGCUAAAAGUAGCGACAAUCGAAAUUGCGUCGAUUUAUCAUGCAAUUAGCCACCACCAUAGUUACUUGAGCACCGAUUGUGGUAUUAAAUUAAAUGCUACUCUUUAUUCCGAUUCACCACUAUCACAUAAAGUUUACUGCGGCAGAACAAAAGCUGUAACCAUUGUUUUGAAUGUCCUAGCACCGAAUUCAAUCCAGUCAACAAUACAAGACCUAAAAAGGACUCAAUCUGGAGGCGGGGUUCACUUUUCGAUUGCUAUCGACGCCUCAAAUAAAGGAUCCCAAAAAAUGUAUCCAAUUGUCAUCAGAUACUUUGAUCAAGAAAAAGGUGUUCAGAAUAAAUUAAUGGAUUUUUAUGAGGAUUCGAACGAAACAUCUCAAAAAAUUUUUGAGAAUAUAGACAAUUUUAUGCUUCAGCAUGACUUAGACACAACUUUGCUGUCUGCUUUCUCUGCAGAUAAUGCAUCGGUUAAUUACGGUGCUCACAAUUCCGUGUACCAAAAAAUUAAAGAUAAAUAUUCCGAUACCAAAGUCGUUAAAGCAAAUUGUAACUGUCACGUUCUUCAUAACGCCGCCACAAACGCUAUGAAAGCUUUAACAUAUGAUGUGGAAAACUUGAUUAUGAAAGUUUAUGCGGAAUUUUCGAACAGCGCAAAACGCACGAGAGAAUUGCAGGCAUUUUUUGAGGAGUUUGAAAUUGAAUACAGAAAAGUUUUGAGACAUGGGCCAACUAGAUGGUUAAGUUUGGGAAGAGCUGUUGACAGAUUGAUAUUGUCAUGGCCUGCUGUAUCCGCGUCAAAAGUCUUGGUGAAGCAGCAUGCCAUAAGAUAA